AUGUGUGGCUCGCCCCCGUCCGGGGAGCCGAGGGGAGUCGUGCGAAGGGGCCGGGGGCGGGGAGAGCCGGUGCCAGCCCGCACCACCUUCCCUCCCCCCUCCGGCCUGCCCAGGUUGACCCAGCCGGUUCCAAGCCCCAGAGGCGCGGCGGCGCACCUUGGCCAUGGCACCGGUCCACGGUCAACAGACAGCUCGGCUCCCGGGGCCCGCUCUCGCCUGCCGCCGCCCGCGCCGGAUCACGCAGCCGCCGGCCGGCCGCCUUCCCCGCCACCACCCAGGGGGAGAAGCUGUCCGGGAGUCGGGGGAAGGCCCCCCGACCUCCCUCCACCCCAGGCCCCCCAUUCAGCCCGGCCACAAGAGCCUGCCCCGCUGAUGACCCGAAAACCGAGAGACCCCAGUUCUCCCCCCAGCCCGGUCCGCACCCCAAGAGUCUUCCCGACGCCUCUCCCUCGCCCGGCAGUGCAGAUCCGCAGGGGACCGGACGGGCCCGGGGCGGCCGGGCGGAGGCCAGCGUCCCCGGGGGGCCGCGCCUCGCAGAAGCUCCCUCCCCCGACGCACCUCGGGGCUUCUCCGGCCGGGCGAAGGCGACGUCUAAGAGGCGCAGAGGAGGAGGCGCCUCUCGCCGCCCGGCCGGGAAAGGGCCUCCGGCCCGUCCGGAUUGGAUUCAGGGCGCAAUGA